UUUAUUUUCCUCUUGUUGUUAGAUGGGAAAAGGUUCAUUCAAGUAUGCUUGGGUGUUGGACAAGCUCAAGGCUGAACGUGAGCGUGGUAUCACUAUUGACAUUGCCCUCUGGAAAUUCGAGACUGAGAAGUACUAUGUUACUGUCAUUGAUGCCCCAGGACAUCGUGACUUUAUCAAGAACAUGAUCACUGGAACAUCACAGGCUGACUGUGGCGUGUUGAUUGUUGCUGCUGGCACCGGUGAGUUCGAGGCUGGAAUCUCCAAAAAUGGCCAAACGCGUGAGCAUGCUCUGUUAGCUUAUACUUUGGGAGUGAAGCAGCUUAUUGUUGGUGUUAACAAGAUGGACAGUACCGAGCCUAAUUACAGUGAAGCCCGUUUUAAGGAAAUUGAGAAGGAAGUUUCACAAUACGUCAAGAAAGUUGGCUACAACCCAAAGGCCGUUGCCUUUGUUCCCAUUUCUGGUUGGCAUGGAGAUAACAUGCUGGAGCCAAGUGAAAAGAUGCCCUGGUACAAGGGAUGGAGUAUUGAGAGAAAGGAUGGAAAUGCUUCUGGGAAAACACUCUUCAAUGCCCUGGAUUCCAUUCUUCCUCCAAAGCGUCCAACAGACAAGCCUUUGCGAUUGCCAUUGCAGGAUGUUUACAAGAUCGGAGGUAUUGGAACUGUGCCUGUUGGUAGAGUGGAAACUGGGAUCUUGAAACCAGGAAUGGUUGUCACUUUUUCUCCUGCACAACUCACAACUGAGGUCAAAUCUGUUGAAAUGCACCAUGAAGCUCUUGUAGAAGCCCUGCCUGGAGACAAUGUUGGAUUCAAUGUUAAGAACGUUUCAGUAAAGGAAAUCAAACGUGGCAUGGUUGCUGGAGACAGCAAAAAUGAUCCACCAAAGCAAGCCAAGAAUUUUAAAGCACAGGUGAUUGUCCUCAACCAUCCAGGUGAAAUCCAUGCUGGAUAUGCUCCUGUGNUGGUUUAUUAUCAUCUCUUUGAUCCUUAUGGUCACACCCGCGGCGAGAUCCUCUUGUCACUCAACUAUAACCCAGGAUGCAACACGCUCACAGUAGGAAUAACGAGAGCUAAAAACCUUAUACACUUUGAUGCUCAUUCAAACAGAGAAUACUACGUUAAAGUCACAGAAAUCUUCUCAGGACACAAAGUGAAGACGAAGCGCACUCCAGCUACAGACGGUGAGAGGCAUCCGAUCUUCCGCAGUUCACUCUCGUUCCAAGUCCCUGUCCAACGUCUCAGCCACACUAGCCUGGUACUGACCCUUGUGGGUCGUGGAAAGAUGAGGAGCAGCAAGACAGUUGGCCGCGCUAUUGUGGGGCCUGGUAUCUUUGAGUCCGACACCGAGAGGAGCCACUGGGGCCGAAUGAUUAUGUCACCUCUUAUGAAGGUUGAACAAUGGCACGCUCUGUAUUUAUAG